UGUUCAGAUGCAGCAAUUUCAGCUUCCAUGCUUCGAGUAAAGGUGAAUUGAGCCAAGCAGGUUUAUAUUUACCCCCCGCUUACACCGAGCCGAGUUGUCUGGACCAGACUGUGUGUUGCUGCACAGUACAACGUGUUAUUAGAGAGCUGCUGGCAGUAGCUGUUUAAUGCCUGAGGAUGGCUAAUGAGCGGCUCAGAGCUCUGGAGGAGGUGGAGAAGGAGAUAGCGAUGAUCCUGCAGUGUGCCGGAAAUAUAGUUCUUGAACUCUCCAAAGACAAACAUAAUGCCAGCUUCCUAGACAGACAGUUGGUCCAGUUCCAGAGCUCCGUCAACCGAGUGGAGAAUGAACUGAGCUCCCAGAUCCGUUACCUAACACAGGUAGCUACUGGUCAACCUCAUGAAGGCUCCACUUAUUCAGCCAGGAAGGACUGUCAGAUGGCACUGAACAGAGCAGAGUAUGCCAAGGUCAAACUGGGAGAACUGGGACGGACCUGUGAAGUUAUGCUGGAGCAGCAGCAGCAGCAGCAGCAGCAGCAGCAGCAGCAGCAGCAGACAUGAGGGCAGAGAGGACAGCUGACUCACUGGGCAACAUUUCUGAUGCCUGAUGUGACUGUAUCAGCCCUCAUUCAACGCUUCUACUGCCAGCAUUAAAUCCUUUAAUUAUCCUUUUUUAUUAUUAUGAUUUGUUACAGCUUCAUAAGACAUACAAAGGAGAACUCAAAGAAAAAAUGUUAUAUUAUAAGAUCCCUGAUUUUCUAAGCAGUGUGUGUAAGUUGCAUGUCUGGGUAUAUUUUGUUGUUUAGUGGUGUAUUUUUCUUCAUUUUUCAUUAUUCUUAUGCAUAGCACAGCACUUGUCAGUUUUUUUCAUGGAGACCCUCACAGUUCAACAGAUACUCUUUGGAGCUGUGAUCUUACACCUGCAUUGUGGAGGGAGAAACAUAAGUAAACAAGUUUUGUGUCUUCAAAACACUUGCAUAUAUCACAUCGUCUUCAUUAACUCUUAAAACUUAUUGAAAAUUGUCCUGCAUGGUCUUAGAUCUAUAACUGUCGUAUUUGACAUCAGUUCAAGACCAAACCACCUUCCAUUUGACAGGAGGAAAAGUUUAUUUUCAUAAAAAUAAAAAAAGUACUGAACAUGAA